GAGAGUUCCUGGGAGCCCUUCAAAUUGGAAAGUUAGUGGAGCUGGAGGCAGAGGUGUGCCUGGCCGCUGUCGCUGUCACCCGGCUGCCCCCAGGAUUGUAGAGCACUGCUUUGGCGAGGACGCCGGUGGCCGCCUGUGAAGCCUGCCCCCUAUCCCUUACCUGCUCGCCUUCUCCGUAGACCCAUCCUCUGCUGGGAAAAGCUGACCUCCUUCGGGUACCAGGUGUGCUUCCGAGACAUCAUGGCCCACGUCGGGGACUGCAAGUGGAUGUCCUGGCUCCCAGUGCUGGUGGUGUCUCUGAUGUGCUCAGCCAAGGCAGAGGACUCCAACUGUGGUGAGAAUGAAUACCACAACCAGACGACCGGGCUGUGCCAGCAGUGCCCUCCAUGCAGACCAGGGGAGGAGCCCUACAUGUCCUGUGGAUACGGCACCAAAGACGACGACUACGGCUGUGUGCCCUGCCCUGCAGAGAAGUUCUCCAAAGGAGGUUAUCAGAUAUGCAGGCGCCACAAGGACUGUGAGGGCUUCUUCCGGGCCACUGUGCUGACACCAGGAGACAUGGAAAACGACGCCGAGUGUGGCCCAUGUCUCCCUGGCUACUACAUGCUGGAAAACAGACCCAGGAACAUCUACGGCAUGGUCUGCUACUCCUGCCUCUUGGCACCUCCCAACACCAAGGAAUGUGUGGGAGUCACUUCCGGGGUUUCAGCUCACUCCUCCAGCACUUCCGGUGGCAGCACCUUGUCCCCCUUCCAGCAUGCUCACAAAGAGCUGUCAGGCCAAGGACACCUGGCCACCGCCCUGAUCAUUGCCAUGUCUACGAUCUUCAUCAUGUCUAUUGCCAUUGUCCUCAUCAUCAUGUUCUACAUCAUGAAGACUAAGCCGUCGGCCCCAGCCUGCUGUAGCAGUCCCCCAGGAAAGAGUGCAGAAGCCCCAGCUAACACACACGAGGAGAAAAAAGAGGCGCCAGACAGCGUGGUGACUUUCCCUGAGAAUGGUGAGUUCCAGAAGUUGACUGCAACACCCACAAAGACCCCCAAAAGUGAGAACGAUGCCUCCUCUGAGAACGAGCAGUUGCUGAGUCGCAGUGUGGACAGUGAUGAAGAACCAGCCCCAGACAAGCAGGGGUCCCCAGAGCUAUGUCUGCUGUCGCUGGUUCACCUGGCCAGGGAGAAGUCUGUAGCCAGCAACAAGUCUGCUGGGAUCCAGAGCCGAAGGAAAAAGAUAUUGGAUGUGUAUGCCAACGUGUGUGGCGUUGUGGAAGGCCUCAGCCCCACGGAGCUGCCAUUUGACUGCCUCGAGAAGACCAGCCGGAUGCUCAGCUCUACCUACAACUCUGAGAAGGCGGUGGUGAAAACCUGGCGCCACCUCGCCGAGAGCUUCGGGUUGAAGCGGGAUGAGAUUGGGGGCAUGACUGACGGCAUGCAGCUCUUCGACCGCAUCAGCACCGCGGGCUACAGCAUCCCCGAGCUGCUCACCAAGCUGGUGCAGAUCGAGCGGCUGGACGCUGUGGAGUCCUUGUGUGCAGACAUAUUGGAGUGGGCCGGAGUGGUACCACCUGCCUCCCCACCCCCGGCUGCGUCCUGAGGAGUUUGUCUCGGACUCUCUUCCCUGGGACCGGCUGGGGACCUAAUGAAGCCACUCCAGCUGUGAGUGAUGCCAUCGGACUGCCAACACUCAAGGCAUUUCCUGGCGGGGCACAGUACUCCUUAGGCUGCCCCUAAGGAGCUCACUGUGCACUCAAAUGAACCAAAUCAUGUCGGGGAGGACACGGGUGAAGAAUCUGACCCUGUCUUUUAAGGAGGCACUUAGUGAGAGGCAGGGGGCAUGGUAUAGACCAUGUAACCAAACCAUCACAUAGGCAAAUGAAGAGAUGCUUUUUAAAAAGGUAGCAAAAGUUUUAAGAAGGGUGAUGGAGUCUCAAGGAGUUGAAAAUAAGAGCAUCCUAAUGGAGAAAAUAGCUCCAAGGUUUUAGAAAACCGGUUACAAGGUACAGACCUCCCACAGCCUGCACUGCCUCAGACAGAGAGCAUGGUUUGUUGGCAUGCCCUAUGGUUUCAGGGAUAACUGGACCUGUGCUUACAGUCACCCCCAAUGGUGCAAGCUUUGCAGUCGCUAGUGGAAGAACUCACCUUGUGUCACCGACAACACAAGGUAUGUCUGUCUAGCCAUAAGUGUGGGCAGAUUUGGUCUCCAACACCACUCCACUCGCAGGCCCAGCAGUUACAAUGUGUCACGCUGUUUUGACUUCAAAGGGAUAAUGUGUUCUAUCUAGAAAGGGAAAUGGCGACUUGCUAAGAGUGUGACCAGGCCUGAUUCGUGGGUGAGGCUUGAGCGAGUUCAGACACAGCAUCCUGAGCCAGUGAGGGACGGUGCAGCCUGAGGUGGAGGAGAGUCCUGGGCCCCCUGGGGGUGGGAGGGGAGUCAUCCAACGUGGCUGUCUCCUCCCCCAGACUUAGCCUCUCUUCUGCAAACAAGAGGUUGGUCUUCGUGUCUGUAGUCAAGAAAGUUGUGGCUCGGGUGAGCCAAAGAAAACGGAGGCAGGAAAGGAAAGGCCAGAGGAGCCUCCGUGGGCUACAUACAGUGUGGGUGGCCACACGAAACGGGAGUCAAGGGAAACUCAGCCGCCAUUCUCACGUAAGGGCAACUGAAGGACAGAGCGUUUACGGAGCUCGGAGCUCGUAAACAGGCGUUGCUCUUGGCAGAUUCCCUUCCUGCACCUGUAACUGCCAGGAAAUGGAAAACCAAGGAAGCUUUCCCGGCAGGGGGUUAAUGCCAGGCGGGCUGCUGGGCCCCCUCCCGACGUGCUGACUGCAGCAGUGAAAGCUUUCCGUGAAGCCUUUGAUUUAGAAGGCUGCUGGGUUGUUUGUUUGUUUGUUUUGUUUUUUUCUUUACAAGCCUUUCGACUGAACAAAGCCUUUGGAGGGGAAUCAGUUGUGUGUUUAAAACCAAGCAAUUUCCCACCACUGAAUCGAGACCAUACUGUGAGAGGACCAUCAUUAGGUCCUGAAUUUUUAAUAUAAUUUUCCUGCGUUUGUCUGUUCUGUGUUUUUUUUUUAAAGAAGGCAUUUUCUAUAUCCUGCAAGUUAGUCUGCUUAAUUGUCCCUUUAAUUCCUCUUUGAGAUCCUGCAGUGUCCCUUACCCUGGGUCUUCUGUAAGGACGCAGAGCUUCCCCUUAAUUAGACUUGUAAAUGUCAUCUGUGACGCGUGGGCAGGUCUGGGGCAGCAGGCUCUCCUCCUAGGCUGUGGUUCUGCUGAAGAAUGGGCAGCGGCGGCAGCAGUGGGCGGGCCUCUCCCUUCACCCUAUUAGGUUUCAAGGCUUGAGACCGCCAGCAUCCUUGUGGUUCCACUGACCCCCAGCUUGCUGCUUUAGGGGAGCUAGUGCCUCGUCAUUCACUUUAUUUGACAAUAAAUCCAGGAAGGGUUUGCUUCAGUGUGCUUUGUCGAUGCUGUAGAAUUCUGAACCGACAAGACCACAGUGACUCUUACUGACCAAUGCUGGAACUCCAUGUUGCCAUUCUUGUCUGGAAACUGUCAUUAUUUUUCAGUACUUAUAGGUGAACACCCGAGCUAGGUCUGAGGGCCUGAGCCAGUGAAGUCUUAAUUGUG